AUGCUGCCGUGCGUCCUGCAUGGGUGCUUCCCCAUGUGCCCCCCCUCUUUCCCAACACCCACUCGCUCCCUCCCGCCCGCCUUGACCCCCAACCCCUCACAGCCGGCAUUUCAUUCGUGCUCUGACAGGCGACCCGCACCUCAUCGUCACCUCGCCCACCUUCCUGCUGCUCAACUCCUACCCCGCGCCCGCCCUUGCCCUGCUCCCACGCCCGCCUCACCCCUGCUCCCACACCCGCCUCACCCCUGCUUCCACGACUCAUCGCAACCCCCUCCCCCUCCCCCUUUCCCUCUUGCGCAUUCCCUCCUUCCCCCUCACCCACCCCCCCCCACCAGCACAGUGCAUCACUAUGAUGCAUACCGCCUGGGUGCCCUGCACACCGCCACGCCCAUGGCAGCAGCAGCAGCAGCAGCGCCUGACAUUCAGCGCCUGGACCUCGCACACUCGCUUGCUACUGGUACGACCACCGCUCUCCUCGCCCCUCCUGCCCUUCCGCACCUCGCACACUCCACCUUCCCUCAUCUCAUCCUCCCUCACCGCAUUCCCUUUCCCUACUUCCUCUUUCAUCCCCCUAACUCUCCCCUUCCCUUCUCCCUCUUCACCUUCUCUCCCCCCCGUCAGGGCUACGAACCCGAUGUGCUCCAGGGGGGGCAGCCAGCAGCAGGGGCGGCUGGAGGGGCAGCAGAGGGGAGGGCAGAGUCUGGGGAGAAAACGACAGGUGGGGACGGGGGAAGGGAGGGUGACAGGUUGGGGGAGGAGGAUGGAGAGGAGUGGGAGGAGCAGGAUGAUUGGGAGGAGGAAGAGGAGGAGGGGGAGUGGCGGGUGGUGCAUCUAGAUGCGAGAGGGGAGGGAUGGACUGCUGUGGUUGAUGCUGUGCUUGCCACGGCACGAUUGUCCCCUCUUGUGACCAUCUUAUGA